AUGGCUACCGAGCCCAAGACCCCUGAGGCCGCCUUGGCUGAGGAGCCCGCGGUGCCGUCGCUUGUGGAUCAUUACUUCACUUGCUGGUACAAAGCGGAUGUCAAAGGAAAACGCUGCGAGGACCACUGUAUACUACAACACUGUAACCGAAUAUGUGUCAUCACACUGGCAGGAUCCCAUCUAGUUCUUCAAAGUGGAAAAGCAAUUAAAAGCAUUUCCUAUCAAAUCAGUACCAACUGUAGCAGACUUCAGAACAAAGUCUCGGGAAAUUUAAGCGGGUAUGGGGCACAGUUUCUAAGAGAACUUGCACCUCUGUGUAAGAUUUACUGCUCUGAUGGAGAAGAAUACACCAUGUCUAGCUGUGUUAGAGGACAGUUGAUGGAAGUGAAUGAAAGCAUUCUCCAUAAGCCAUCUAUUCUUCAAGAGAAGCCAUCCACCGAAGGCUACAGUGCAGUUGUGUUGCCCAAGUUUGAAGAAAGUAAAAGCAUAACAGAAGGGUUACUGACACAAAAACAGUAUGACGACGUCGUGGUGAAACGCAUCAAUGCCACAACAGCUACCUCAUGA